UUGAUUUGACAAAGUUUAUGCAUUGAAAAAAGAUGGGUUUAUCAUUCGGGAAGCUUUUCAGUCGGCUGUUUGCCAAGAAGGAGAUGCGUAUUCUGAUGGUGGGUCUUGAUGCAGCUGGUAAAACCACCAUAUUGUACAAGCUCAAGCUGGGAGAGAUUGUUACCACUAUUCCUACCAUUGGAUUCAAUGUGGAGACUGUUGAAUACAAGAACAUAAGCUUCACUGUCUGGGAUGUUGGGGGUCAGGACAAGAUCAGACCAUUGUGGAGGCAUUACUUCCAAAACACACAAGGACUUAUCUUUGUGGUUGAUAGUAAUGAUCGUGAUCGUGUUGUUGAGGCUAGAGAUGAGCUGCAUCGUAUGUUGAAUGAGGAUGAACUGAGGGAUGCUGUGCUGCUUGUGUUUGCUAACAAGCAAGAUCUUCCAAAUGCUAUGAAUGCUGCUGAGAUUACCGACAAGCUUGGUUUGCACUCCCUCCGUCAACGCCACUGGUACAUUCAGAGCACAUGUGCUACCUCUGGAGAAGGGUUGUAUGAGGGGCUUGACUGGCUCUCAAACAACAUUGCAAACAAGGGUUGAACAUGAGAUCCAUGAUUUUUGCAGCUAUAUUUUUGUCAAUAUAGACUUCAACAAUGUCUAGAGCACUUGUGCACCUGCUGAUCUUUCUUAUGCGAGAUAGAUCCACUUAUCACUAUAUUUUUUUCAGUACAUUUUCCUUUCUUUAAAAGAAUGUUACUUUACAGUAACUUUAGUUGAAUUCAUGUAAUAUUUUACACUCUGGGUUUACAUAUUCUC